CCAAUAAACAUGAAGCAAUAUUUCCAAGUAAACUGUAACUGAAAUGUAUAAAACUAAAGGUUUAUUUAAUAAGAAUAAGUAAACAGUGUGUAAAUAUGUGUUCUACAACAAUAAUGUAAACAAACUGAGUAAACUUUAUCUGACUGGAUCACAUAAGAGGAAAGUGGGCGUUUUCCAGCAUAUUGUCUACGGGUUCGCCCACACUGCCCCCACACACUUGGCACUGCCAUGCGGACAACACGUCACACGCAUUCCGCUUGACUGACAAACGGCGACAAGUGUGCUUAAUAAGGUAGAACAUGUGAAUGGGUGUGUGGGAAUGUAAGGUCUGUGGAAAAUCAGUCCCAAGUAGGUAUGAAUUGCUUAAACAUUGCAAGCUAAAACAUGGCCAUCAUGGAAGCAGGUUCAGGCAUUGCUGCCCAUAUUCCAAUUGUCCAUGCACAUUUAGACUUUGGAACAGUCUUUUGAGUCAUAUAUACCGUUCUCACAAAGCUCAAACAUCUUCAGAACCAUCAGAGUUAUCUAUAUAUUCAUGUCAGCUGUGUGCAUGUCCUCAACUUGCAAAUGAACGAGAUUACUUCAGUCAUGUAAAUGAACAUUUAAGAAGGAAUGAAACUGUAACAUGCAUGUUCAAAGAUUGUUCAUUUAAAACUAGCAUUUACAAUACAUUUCAUACUCAUAAAAACAGGAAACAUAAUCCCCAUAAUGUAAAUGAUUUCAAAGCUGAGGUUGUUAGUGUUGUUGCAAGGUUACAGGAAUCAGACACUUCAGUGAUUGAUGUUUCUUGUGCAGCAGGCACAGAUGUAGAAUCUGAAACGGACGUAGAUGCACAUGCUUCUAGUAUUGAAGAUCUUCCCAAAGCUAUUGAGCAGAAUAUAGCCUCAGUUUUAUUAAAGUUAGAGCAUGUUCAUUUUGUACCAGCUACAGCUAUUGAUGAAUUGCUUCAGGAAUUACACUAUCUGUUAAGCUCUGUAUCUGUUCCAGUCACAUUUAAUAGCCUGUGUAACAUCCUUAAUAAAUGUUCUGUUACAGUUAAUGAGUCAGUUGUCAAGGAGCUUGCUGAAACAGUGUGCAAAACCUGUCCUUUAGCUAAAGCCUUUGCAAAAGAUGGCCCCCUAGCUACAGCCUACAAAAGAAAACAGUAUUAUAAAAAACAUUUCAAUGUGGUAAACCCAGUUGAGUACAUCCUUGACCCUAAGACCAAUAAGACAUAUCAGUAUAUUCCCAUUUUGCCUUCUCUUCAGCAUCUGUUAAAUAAUCGUGACAUUUUAGAAAGUGUAAUCCAUACACAGAAGACACAGGAAAGUACCUUGAAUGUAGUACAUUAUAAAUCAAUAAGGGAUGGAAUUUACUUUAAAGAAAACAUUUUUUUCACUGGGGAGGAUUUGAAAUUAUCUGUGUCACUAUAUGUAGAUGACUUUGAGGUGUGCAAUCCUUUAGGCACAUCCAGAAAAACUCAUAAACUCUGUGGUGUGUAUUGGAUUUUGAACAAUUUACCACCUGGAUCUCAUUCAGCUCUUUCUUCCAUCUACCUAGCAGUUUUAUGCAAGAGUACUGAUGUUAAGGUGUAUGGGUAUGAAAAAAUUCUAGAGCCCCUUUUACAGGAUUUGAUCAUUUUAGAGAAACAUGGUGUUUUUAUUACAGGUCUUGGAGAGUUCGUGAAAGGCACAGUCCAGACAGUCAUUGCUGAUAAUUUAGGAGCCCACGGGAUUGCAGGCUUCAUCGAAAGCUUCUCUGGUGUGUACUUCUGCAGGUUUUGUACAGAGAGGUUGCCCUAGUUCAUCUUGAAAACCUGGCCGAUGCUUAUCCACUCUGUGACUACACUGUGGGUGUGAAACGAAUGGUUACCUUGAAAAGGCACAUUAUUGUUUAAGAAUCCAUAAAGUGAAAGAUGUCAAAUCCAGUUCACCUGAGAGUCGUCCUCGGCGGAGAUGACGCUAGAAAACUUAGCCUGAUGUCAGGGAUACCAGCAUCUGUGGAUCAACUUGUCCAUGAGAUAAAGACUGCUUUCGGACUUGUGCAGCAGUUCAGACUGCAGUAUAAAGAUGCAGAUUUUGGAAAUGAAUAUGUUAAUCUCAUUUCAACAAGUGAAAUAAGAGACAGGGAUACUGUGAAAGUGGUAUUUUUUGCAUGUGAAGAAACUAUCUUCAGCAUUCCAGGUACUCUACCACCUUGCAGCACCAGCACCCCACUGACUUCUCCCAACAUAUCCCAAAGCUCUGUGAACUCCUUCAGCUCUCGAUCCUUGGACGAGGAUGGAUUUUCCUCUGAUCACUCAUUUGGCAGUGCAGACACCAUCAUUUUAGAUCCAUCUCCAGAGUCAAGAACCUCUUCAUGGCCUCCAGUCUUCAUUGUUCCCAACUUUUCAUAUUUUGCUGACAUUCUACUUCAGAGAGCAAAUGCAGAAUUCAGAGAAAACGGCACUCUUCUUACCCCUCCCCCAAAGCUAAGAAUGGAUAUUCUUGAAGGCAUGGCUGAACAGAUCUUCAAAUACACAGCAUACCCCAGUGACUCCCAACUUGAAGAGGCUGCUGAGGUCUUGGUGCAUGUCCAUCCAUGUUUGAGGGAAAGAGGAACUCGAGCUGGCCAUGAAGGAUGGAAACAGUAUCUAAAGACAAAAGUUGCCAAUUUCCGCACAAAACUGUGCAAGAUUGGUUACCCAGAAGUCAGUGUAAACUCUCUUAAGAACAAGCGCAAAGGUCAAGAAAAAGCAGCUGCCAACAUCAAAAAACCAAGAAAAGCUGAAGUUAACUUUCUCCCAUCUCUCCCUUGCGGUGAAACGAGAGAGAGUCUUGAAAAUGAAAGAGUAGCUCUCUUGACAGAGGUGAAAAAGAGACACAAUGAAGCUGUGGUCAAGCAGAAAAUGCAGAAGACCUUCUCCUACAGACGUCAAGAGGUUGUCCAGGACUCGCCUUUAGUCUCUGACUUUGUGAACAGAUGGCCUGCCUUGUUCACAGUCAGUGAGAUAAAUGCAGAAUUCAUGCGUAUAACAACUUUGCCACUUCAAGCCAAGUUUUUGGGAGAAGUAGACAAAUACACACCUAACUUGAUGAAGGUCUUCAGCAGUAGAGGAGGAGCUGCUGGAAAGAAGAUCAGGCUUCUCAUGGCUCCGACAACUAAGAGUGAGGAUAUCGAAGUCAAGAGGGACUGUGUACUUCAAGGUCUUUGUGCUUAUCUUAAUGAGGACAGCAACACUCUUAUCAAGAAGUACUUGAACGUCAACAUUGCGGAAGCUGAGAGAGAAAUCGCACAGACCACCAUGGGGCUGUAUGUGAUCCAAAAAGAGGGUGCUGAUGAGGAGGGAAAGCCAGAGGAUGUUGGAGUAGUGAUUGAGGGCGUGGAACUUCUGUGCAAUCUGGGAAGUGUUUCCUUUGGGUGUGCCAUGCUUUUUGGGCUUAUCUACACACUCAACCUGAGCUAUCCCCAGGAACUCAAAUUCACAUUUGAGUUCUUUCAGAAAGUGUUGAUGAACUUGGAUGGUAACAGACUGUCCCCAAAGGUCCAAGCACUUAAAAUAAAGAUGCUUCAGUGAGCUCAGAAGUUAAGGGGCUGGACAAUUGAGCCCAGCCACAUUUAGUGUGUUGGACGUUGCCAUUGUGAUCUUCUUCACUUUGUUUGAAAUUGUUGAUUGUGCUGUGAAAUGUGUUGAAUGUGCUGUUUGAAGGGAUGGGGCAUUUGUUUAGAUGAACCUGCUUCUGGACACUUUUCAUUGAUAUUACUUAGUUUCAGUUAUUAUUUUGUUCCAGUUGAAGAGGAAUACAGCAUUCAUAUGCACAGCUUUCAUUACUGUAACUGACUAAAUGUUAUUUGUUCAUUAGUAAGGGAAACAACUUGCAUUUUUCUGAAAAUUGUGUUCAAUAAUUACCAAUAUUGAUGUGAGGUGCAGACCUUGUAGAUUCUUAUGUGGAGUUCUCUUCUCCUUUAAUCCUCUUAUUAGUUUCUGCCUCUGAACAUCCCUGGGGGUCAGGUGGACAGUCACCUGUGGAUGUGUACAGUUUUUGAUUGCCUUUCUUGUGAAACAAGUGCCAGUUUGCUGAGCUUGCUUGGCCCUCAUGUGGUGAGGCUAAAAUGAGUGUCCUUGAAUAAGGACUUAAGUCUUCAUUUUUAUUUAUGUAUUUGUUUAGUUUUUUUGGUUGAAUCUGCGGUGUAAUGCAGUAUAAUAUUAUGCUAUGUGGCCAUUUUAUUAGGUACAUGUGUACACUCUAAUGCAGUCCAUUUCAUGUUGAUGCAAAACAUAUUUGCAUAAUCCAUGUGGUGCAGACAUGUUUAAAGUUGCUGUAAUUUUGAAAAUUGCCGAUAAAGUUGUCGGAGAAAU